GUAGCCAAGAACAAGCAACAUGGCAUUUGCAGAGGCAGUUCAAGUAGUUCUCCUAGCUUUGGUUGGGAUUUCUUCAGCCGUGGACUAUUGUGCCUUACCAACUUGUUUAGAUAAACAUAUAGCCUGCAACAACAAAGGGAACUUUACUGAGAACUGUCCAAAGGAUGUGCGGGAAGUAAAAAUCGAACCGCAUCAAAAACUGAUCCUGACUCUCUUUAACGAACUUCGUAACAAUGUGGCUGGGGGAAAAGUUGAGGGUUUACCCAAGGCUGUUCGCAUGGCCAAGAUGUCCUGGUGCGAGGAGCUCGCCCACCUGGCCCUGCUCAACGUGAAGACCUGUGAGUCCUUGCCUGACAAAUGCCGAAGCACGGAGAGAUUCGCCUACGCUGGCCAGAACAACGCCAUUUUUAGCUACAGUGGAGCCGAGUCGGAGUACACGGAUGCCGAAAUUGUGAAGGAGCAGAUUGAGAACUGGUUCGCCGAGCGGUUGAAUGCCUCUCCCGAGAUCCUUGCCAGCUUCCCGGAGGAGCUGCCCAACAAGAACGUGGCCAAGUUCACCAUUGCUGUCGCCGAGAAGAACACUCACGUGGGAUGUGCCGCUGUUCGCUUCUCGCAGGACUUCUACAACCACUUCGUGCUGACCUGCAACUUCGCCACCUCGAACAUUGUGGGUCAACCCGUUUACACUCCUGGAGAGAAGGCCACCACAGGUUGCAAGAAUCGCUAUGGCGCCGCCUUUGAUUACCCCAGCUUGUGCUACGCCAAGGAGAUCUACGACAACGAAAAGGUUAUUGAAAACGCUCAGGUGUUUUAAGUUGACCAACGCAAGUGAUUUAUUUUUCAUCGCAUAAUGGAAGCUUGAUUUAUAUAAUUUAGGUACAUAUAUUUAAUAAAAAUGCAGCUGAUGAUAAUAAUUUCAAUUCAAA